AACCAUUUGGUUUUCUUUAGUUUCAGCCAUGUCUGGCACCAACGUGCGAACCGGUGUGCUGGGUCAAGGUCGUGGCGGGUCACAUCCGGGCCAACAGCUGCACGUGUCCGGUGUGUUCAUCAUCGUCCUGGAGGUGGCGCUGGUGGUGGAGAACCUGAUGCCGGUCCUGGUGGUCAUCCUGUGGCUACCAGCUCGGGCCAAGGGGGUCAGCGACCGGCUGGUGGCGGCGCUCAGCGUCACGUGCAUCCUGUCAGCUUUGAUCCCCACCCCUCUGGGCCUGGCUUCAUACUUCGCGGGGGGCUGGUACGGCGGUGCUGCCACCUGCACCACCUACCAGGUGACGUCAUCCUGGGUCAACCUAUCCUCCCUGGCUCUGCUGUCCUACAUGUGUGUCAACUGCCACUGCGCGGUGCGGAAGCUGGUCCGGUUUAAGAGGACUGACCAGCUACAGCAACGACAACGUCCAGUUUUCCUGCCCAAUCGAUCAGCCACCGCUGCGGAAAAUCAAGUAGCUCACUCGCAUCACUGUCAGGUGAAAAAAGUUACAACAGAUUCGGCGGGAAAUACCCAGUCUCAAAUGAUUACAUCAAAUCAAGGACAAAAGCAAAAUCAUGGCAUAGAGCAGAUGAGAUCAAUUCAGAACUCAGAGUACGAUGAAAAUUGUCAGAUUCCUGCAAAUGACGUAGUGCUGACUGAAAGCCCAAGCGUUAUGUUCGCAGGUAGGGAUGGGACUUCUGGUUGUAGUCACGGACUCUAUGAUGAACAUUUACACAGCAGAAGUGUAGAACUUUAUGAACCCGAAAGUGAGCGAGAGAUAGCGACAAAACCUAGACUGCAGUUCCGGACAGACAGCGAUAGAGCUAUAAACGUAAACGAUUACAAUUCCUCACACGUCCAUGACAACGGAGAGAAUGAAAACGCUCAGAUUUCUAAUAACAUUCCUACCCACGACAGACACACCGGGCAGAGCUCGCAAAUGACGGAUCACGCCUCAGAUUCGUCAAAACGCAAUCUGCAUGACAGCUCUUUGAUCAUGUCUCACAGCUGCAAACACAAUUUCCACGGAGACCGAGAAAACAAUGAGGACUGCGUCAUUUUCUCCAGCGCCAACAGAAAUACCAUCCAUUAUCCCGAAAGUCCCGAGGGCUGGUUCAGUUGCUCCGUAUGUCGAUCACGUGAUUACGUGUCACUGGCCUUGUUUUUCCUGUAUGGCAUCACUCUGGCUAUUUCCACAAUGCCUGUUGCAGGUUUUGGUCCCCAGAUUUUGCCCAGCGAGAGCAUGUGUCGAUCCUGGUUGGUCCCCUCACCGCCAGGGUUGAAAGAGAGGACUUAUUUCAUUGCCUACCUUGCCUUCGUGUACCUGUGUGUUCUGGCGGGCUGUGCGUGUGGUGCCAGCGUCUGUUUCCAGGUAAGCCGACACCUGAGGAAAGAGAAAAAGAGGAAGUCUCGGCUGUACCACGAGGAGGAGAAUGUGCCGGACCUGGUGGAGCUGUCGAUGUUGGACGACAUGAAAAGACACUACAGCUUGACAUGUGUGGUCCUUGCUGGACUCAUGACCUGGCUACCAAUCCUGCUAAUGCUAACCCUUCAAAAGUCUGGCGUACAAGUGAGCGAAGCCACACUGAUGUACUCACACAUCGCCACUUCACUCCCCGGGCUGUUGAACCCACUGCUUUACAGCCUGGUGCUAGCGCGCUACCGUAGCGGGUACAAGGCCAUCCUUGAUAGAUGUUGCUGCAGAAAGCGGCGUCAGAAACCGCACAGACUCUCGGAGGUGAAUCCCUCCUUGACAGAUCCCAACUCAGCCACAGAGACGACCCUCGCCAGUACACAUGACGGACACACGUGCAUGCACGGGCUCACCAACCCCAGUUUCGACAGGCAACCCAACGAUCUGGCUGACGAUGAUGAUGAAGAAGACGACGAAGACUAUUUCCCAGACGACAGUGAAUUGCUGGGCGCGAAAGCCACAGAGAGCUCCGGGCCGAAAAUGAACGAGAGGACGCCAUUACAAGCGUCACCGUCCACUGGGCCCUCGUCAUGCGUGAAGGUUGUGAGGCCAGUGAGUUCUGCGGUGCGAACAUUGCCCUCCAGCCGGCUCACUAACUGCGUGCAUUGGUCCAGCCCUCACGAAAGUGCUUACGUGUGUGAUAACGACACAGAGUUAUUGCUUGUGUCUGGACCAGUUUAUGUGGACGAGGAAACAGGGUUGUGAAUAUAAUUGAUUGUGACUUCUUGACUUAUUGACUUCUUGUACAUUUUAAAGUUUUUACACCCCCAUAAGCCCUAUGUAUGUGUUAUACCAGGAGGCUAACUGCUUCGAGCCUUCCUGCCUGCUUGUGGAAUACAUCAUGCCAGCGUAAAAAACGAGAGCACACGAAAAAAGUAUCUUCCACCCAUGCGAAUAAACUUUGCGUCUUUUGAGUGCCAGGCAAAGAGCCUAAAACAACUUAGACGUGAAUUGGGUUGUGAACAUUUUGUUGAAAUCUGUGUAUUUUGCACCAAAAGUAUUAAGCAUAUCAAAUCUCAGAAACCUCUGAGUAAAAGUGAGUUUACUGUGGUAACGAAAGAUGCCCACUAAAGUACCUUUCAAAUGCGUUGUAAUGAUUUGAAUAAAGAGACAGUGAUAGUCUUUUUUUUGUUUUACCAGAGACCAGACUUUGGGGGGACUACAUCUUCUACAUGUAUAUUAUUGUAAUAAUAUGACUUUGUUCGUUCAUCAUUCAGUUGUUCCUGUUUUUGAUUGUGUUGAGACUGUGAAGGCGAGAGAACAUAAUUUUACUUACGAAACCAAUAUUUCUGUUCUGAUACUCUUUUCUUCUUCUAAGUUAGCUUUUUUUUCUCCUUUGUACAAGACUACACGUGUGUAGUGCGUGUUAAGGAAACGUUAAAUGAGAACAGAAUUAAACUUAGAAGUUCCUAUCGAUUUUUCAUUUGCACUCCUUCUGUGAAGGCUAUUGUUCUAUCUCGUUUGGAAACAAUUCUUUCCGGAUUUUACGAGUAGGCAACUUUAUACUUUAUCCU